CCUGCCAUCGCCUCUGUACAUACUACGCAGCAGGCGCAGUUCCCUUGUCCACCAAGGGAUCGCCCCCGACGCCCGGAUGUAUGUGAUACGGUCUGCACUGCGAGCAUCGACAGGACGAGCUCCCGCACGAUUGAUCCGCGGCCGCCGCUACCCAUUGAUACCACGCAUCCGCUCGCUGCACACCACGCGUGCACUCGCGUCUGCGUCGACACCGCCCCCAGCGCCAGACAGCACACCAAUCGGCGACAAUGGCGCCGACAAGGCCGACCGCGAGAGGGCGGCAGCAGGCGAGCAGGCUGAAGCCGAGAUAGCCAACGAGGACCCGGAACUCUUGGCGCAGAAGGUCCAGCGAUCACGCGAAACAACGAGACGAUACCUGGCUGCCCAGCGCCGCCAGCAGAGGGGGAGGAAGACGCAGGGCCUGCCGCCGGUGAACGUUCCGGACUGGUUUCUGAAGAGACGCGUACUGCGCCGCGAAGACGUCCCGCAGGAGCUGCAGGACAAGAUUGCGCCCAAAGCGCUUUCGGUUUCCAUUACACACACAGAAGCAGGAGAGAGCGCGACAUGCUCGAUACCGGCUUCCAAGGACCUGGACGCCGUGAAGGUGCUGGCACGUCUGGUGCGUGGGCUGUGGGGGCGGCGUCUGGACGACCAGGAGAAGCUCAAGAUCGAGCGCUAUCUGGAGGAUCGACUCGCUGCUGAGCCCGAGGCAAGCGCCGAGACCGACUCGUCAGCACCCAUCGAUGACAAAGCACGCUCCAUGGGCGAAGAGGAGCUGCGCACGAGGCUGGAGCUGCGCGAACAGCUCUUCAAUGCUACACAGGAGAUGAAGUCAGACCCCAGCAAGCCGCUCGCUGAGCGAGUGGAUGAGAUGAACAGCAGAGCACAGCGCUACAUGCUCAAGCGGGAGAACGCAAAGUCGAGAUCGUCACGAGGUUCGAAGCGCCUAUCUCCUGUUGUACUGGCCGAAGUCCGCGCGAGCAUCGCGGCAGCACUGUCUUCGUUGCGCCCGUCAAUCAGCAACACAUUCCCCGCCACCAAGACGAACAUCGUCCUUCACUCACCUGUACCUGGUCACGAGCUUCUGAUAGACCGCGCCGUGGAGGCCAUCGCGUUGGAGAUGGACUCUGAACUGGUUGUCCUGCGGGCCAACGAUCUCGCACAGCUGGCAGGAGACUACCUCGGCGAAGGAGCAGAGCCGUCACCACGGUCGAUACGAUCUUUGGGAUACGAGACCUACCGACUAAGCUCUGAACUAGCCAACGCAUUCGAGGAUAUGGAGAAAGACGAUGCGGCAGAGGAGGACGUGGAGUCUGCCCAACCGUCACCGACGGACCCCUCGGAGAAGCCCAAGAUGGGCGCGUUCCCACUCAUCUUGCCACUCUCUGCGCUUGCAUCCAUCAAAGAGCUCUCCAACAAGUUCAGAGCCGGGCAGCCACUGUCAUCAAGCCCCUUCGAGACCUCGGCGAAUGCACUUUCUGACGAGCCAAGCCGCGCACAGAGCCAAAGUGAAAUACAGCUCGAAGACCUGAAGCUCGCAACCCUCCUUGAGGCUUUGAUUGAUGCCAGUGAGCUGAAGCAGAGUCGCAAUAUCAUUGGCAACGAAGGUUUCGAGCUGCGGACAGCGCUCAAGGAAGGUUCAAAAACGCCGAGAGGAAGCGAUCCCAACUUUUUCGACUAUUCCGUCAGCUCUGACGGGAUACCGCUGGAGCUCAAUUCGGCUCUGCCAGCAGCUGCAAGACCUGGCAUGAACAUGACUGUCAAUGUUGGCUCUGUUGCAGCGCUGACACGUAUACCAAAGAAGUCAAAGAUUGUCCACGUCCGAGACUUCAAGGAGCUCAACGCCACACACUACGGCGGUCGCAUCAUACAGAAGCUUGAAGAAAUCGUCCGCAAAAGACGAAGUGCUGGCGAGAGCGUCAUGAUCAUUGGCAGCACUUGCUCCCUUGAGCUCACGCCGGACCUCUCCGCUGGUGGUGUCCAGGGCCUGCAAUCGGAAGGCGAGAGCAGCUACUUCAGGACCAUCGUGGUGGCAGCGGACUCGGACAAAACAUCUUUGCUGGAUGAGUCCAGUGCCAUGUCCAAGGGCGAAGUUGGGUCAGCCAUUCUGUCGCCAGCGGAACGAGGCAAGUUCUGCGGCAUCAACAUGCUCCACACUCAAGACAUGCUACGCUCGUUGGACCCCGUGGCAGCUGCACGCAUUUCCGACAUGGAGUUGACCAUCCAGCACCAUCGAAACUUCGCCGCCAUCAUACCGGAGGCUUACCUCAACAGGGUCCUGACUUAUGAUGAGGUACACCGCAUAGCAUUAACAGCGCUCGGGCUGCAUGUCACCAACCCUACCGGCACAACUCAGACCGACGCAGAGCAAGGCCAAUUGAAUUGGGCACAUGUUGCGCUCGCAAUGGGGCUGCUGAAAACCAGCGAUACAGUCAAAUACCUCUCCUUCGACAAGACUCUCCAAAAGCAGCAACCUCGACACGAUCUCGGUCCAGAGGCUGAAGCUCACGUCAGGGCAAAGAAGAGACACAGCGAAGCCGACAUGCAACGCCAGCGCGAUCUCCAGCGUAUCACUGCCAGUGCGACAAAGCACGAGAAGCGUCUGAUCUCCGGCAUCGCGAACCCCGACCAGAUCAAGACUACGUUCGAUCAAGUACACGUACCAAAAGAGACUGUGGAUUCGAUUCGUACGAUAACCUCCCUCUCGCUUCUCCGACCAGACGCAUUCGAUUAUGGUAUCCUCGCCACUGAGAAGAUCUCUGGCGCGCUCCUGUACGGCCCUCCCGGCACAGGCAAGACACUGCUCGCCAAGGCGGUUGCAAAAGAGUCUGGCAGCACUGUGCUCGAGGUCUCCGGCUCUCAGAUCAUGGACAAGUACGUUGGCGAGGGCGAGAAGAACGUCGCUGCCAUCUUCUCGUUGGCACGGAAGCUCUCUCCGUGUAUCGUGUUCUUGGACGAAGCCGAUGCAGUCUUCGCAAGCCGCGAUGCUAUGCGCGAGCGCACAAGUCACCGCGACAUCCUCAACCAAUUCUUGAAGGAGUGGGACGGCCUGAACGACCUCAGCGUUUUCGUCAUGGUCGCGACAAACCGGCCGUUCGACCUCGACGACGCCGUCGUUCGCCGGCUUCCACGUCGCCUCCUAGUCGACCUCCCCACGCAAGUAGACCGCAAGGAGAUCCUGCGCAUCCACCUAAAGGGCGAGCAACUCGACCCGGCCAUCGACCUCGACGACCUCGCAAAACGCACACCCUUCUACAGCGGCAGCGAUCUGAAAAACGUCGCCGUAUCCGCAGCCCUGGCAUGCGUCAAGGAAGAAAACGACAUCGCCGCAAAAGCAGCAGCAGACGGCACCCCCACAGCGCCCGAGACAAUAGCUAGGGCCGAGACGGACUCAGCAUCCGCACCCGCAUUCCCGCACCACGCCGACGGCCCACCUGCACCUCCACCUCCCCCGUCCUUCCCCUCGCCGCCUUCGACCUCAGACCCUGUCGCGUCGACGGCAGCAUCGCCAACACCGCACCUCGUGCGCGGCAUCAACUACAAAUUCCCCACGAUCCGCACCCUGAUGCAACGCCAUUUCGACGCCGCGCUGCAGGACAUCAGCGCGUCUAUAUCCGAGGACAUGAGCAGCUUAUCCGCGAUCAAGAAGUUCGACGAGCAGUUUGGAGAUAAGAAGGGAAGGAAGGGGAAGAAGGGGUUUGGGUUUGGGGAGAAUAUGGGGAAACGGGAUGAGAAUGCUGCGCGGGUUAGAGGAUGAGGGGAACCAUGAUAGCUGUGAGGGAUAGGGUGGGCAUUGGCUUUUUUUGCAUGAUGGGGUGUGUAGGUAGUAGUGUAAUAUACUGCGCGGCGCUGAUUCACUCUCUUUCCGCACAUGGCGAGGUCCGCUCCCUACAUCCCAAUCGUCUCCAGCGAGCAUGCCCUA